UGUAUCGAGAAGCACAUAGGUUAAAUUUUUCUAGCCUCGCGGUCAGAUACGAACGAUCGCAUCCCGCGUUCGCCGGCAGCAUCCCUCGAUCCGCACGGUUCUUUUUUCCGUCACCUUGAUACCAAAUUAAAAAACGAUCUUCACACUCGUUAACACUUCGUUACCUCGGCUUUAAAGCGGGCCUUUUCUUCUCGUGUGCCAAAAGUGCUAAUUGCCUGCAAUCGUUUCGCUUCUGACAUUGUCGUUGUAUCGUUGGUGCGUGGCUUUGACGUUUAUACAAUUUAUAAUCAAGUGCGCGGUGUUUGAUAUAAUAUCACGGUUUAAUUCAAUUUCAAACCUUGUUAUAUGAAAUUGUCAGGAGAAUCAAAUGCAAACUUUGUAAAAAUGAUUGUUUUGGAAUAUUGACCGAUGAUAAAUUAUUCUCGAGUCUUGUUGAAUAGUUUGUGCACAAUUUCAGUACGUCAGAAACUUCAACGUGUAUGAGUAGAUUUUCGGAAAGGCAGUGCUUCUUUAUGUAAAUAAAAAGGAUAAAAUCCAGUUGUAUUUUCACUCGUUUUAAGCGCACUUUGAUAACUACUCGAACUCUGAAAAAUUUAACUACGGAUACGUGAGCUUUUCGAAAUUAACUCACGGUACUUGUCAAUGUUUUCCCUCAGAUGCAAAAAAUCAUACUGCAGCAAUGUAAAAUGAAUUCGAAAAAGUAUAACCGGUGUAAACGAGUGUUUCCAAGUUUCUGAAGGCUCUAACCAAAUGAUCGUCAAAAUAACAAAAAAAAUAAAAAAUUGCGGCGCGUAUAGCGACUGAGUAAAAAACUCCUCACAUUUUUUGGACCUGUGUUACAGAAGUUAGUAAAAGUUGGUCUGUAGUGAUUAAUUAAGUGAAAGUAAACUCACGGUUCAGCAUAUUUGCUUUGCAGAAAUUUCGCGCUUCAAGACUUGGAAUCGCGCUUACAGACUCGAAUGAUAAUCGUCGAGUCCAAAUUUAAUGCGCAACCGCACUGACAAUGAGAAUAUUGUUUAAUCCAGGCGCGAUAUAAUUUGUGGGAUAUAACAACGAAGGUGACGAAAUGAACAUGGUCGAAUCGCCCGAUCACAGUAGACGGUCCGAUGGUUAUAAGGCCGGAGAUAGAUACUUGCGGGGGUAAAUUCUGGCGGCGACUGAUUUCGAGCAAUGAUUUGAAAUGCGAAUGUUCACGGCAAGUCAAAUAUCCGGCGAGAUCGCGAAGCCUAGACGUGCAGGCCUCGAUCGAGUGCGUAUAGCGGGUUAUAGUUGGCUUUUCUCCUAGCACACGUUGUUUCGCCGGUGCAGGUGACCCUAUUAUUUAUUAAUAAUGCGGGAAUCCAGCACUUAAUCAUCCCGCCCAGAGUUCAACCGUAGUUUAGAGCCCGACUAACGAACAGGCAAAUGGCCAAGAUCCUCCUCGUGGACUCAGAUUGGACAACGUCAGGACGGAGCGCGUCGCCUGCACGAUAAAAGAGCGACAAAUAUUAAUACUGCGAUCUGGAAACGUGGAACAGCCUUAAAAUCCCUCCGAUAUAUUUCGCCUUCCGAGACCCUGCGGAGGGGGGGGCGAAACUGUUCUAUUGUGCAAAAGCUCCUCGCAGAAGCUUAGAUCCGUUCUUCCACAUCCUGCAACGCCGAGAUGGCUGAACAGAGGAGAUACACUAGCCAGUAUUGCAAGCUUCGACGACUCGCGAAUCAGAUCGACUUUCAGAUCAGAAACCUUUCCUCAGAAUAUGGGCUCACCGAGGACCAAGUUGCAGAAUUCAAAGAGGCGUUCAUGCUUUUCGACAAGGACGAGGAUGGCACAAUUACAAUGGCUGAACUCGGUGUCGUUAUGCGUUCUCUUGGACAGAGGCCGACGGAAACGGAACUGCGGGACAUGGUGAACGAGGUGGAUCAGGACGGCAAUGGAACCAUCGAAUUCAACGAGUUUCUGCAGAUGAUGUCGAAAAAAAUGAAGGGAGCCGACGGCGAGGACGAACUGCGCGAGGCGUUCAGGGUAUUCGAUAAGAACAACGACGGGCUCAUUUCGUCGAUGGAAUUACGACACGUGAUGACGAAUCUUGGCGAAAAACUCUCGGAAGAAGAGGUUGACGAUAUGAUCAAGGAAGCUGACCUUGACGGUGACGGAAUGGUGAACUACGAAGAAUUCGUGACAAUUCUGACUUCCAAGAAUUAGUUUCGGAAAAUCGGAAGGAGACCAAAAUACGACCGACUAGAAGACUGCGGUGGGGAGAAUAAGGAUCAGGACAACGGCAUUGGAAAGCGGAUCACAAAGAAGCUAGGUUACGGGAGUGAAUUUGGUUCUGGAUACGAAAUUGGCGCUUUGAGAAUCACAUGACACCGGCGAAAAUUCGCGUUGGUAUAUUAUAAUAAAAAAAGGACUUCAAUCUUACGACGAGUUACGUUCCUGUUUACGAUACCUAAAUUAUCAACACGUUCAAUUAUACCGUAUUUAUAUUAUUACCAUACGUUACGAUACAACGCAGCCAAUUUGUUGCGGGCCUAAUGUAAGCGUUCGUUCUAAAAUCAAAUCGAGUUUUACGUUAACAUUACCGCCACGGUUUGUGUACACAGAGAUGAAAGACCCAAAUGAUCGAUAGGGUUGUAAUAUAGAAUCACGCAAGAGGUGGUUGAUCAUUUUUCCCACGUAAAGUGUUUUCAACAACAACGCGAAGUAUACCGCGCAUGCUUUAGACUCGAAAAACGAGAGAGCAGAAUUAUAAGAGAAAAGAAUCGCCCCUCAAUUGAAGAAACUUGAUUUACUGGAAAAUUAUCCGUUUUUCAAGGUGACUAAGUUGCCUUGAGAAACAGUUCCGAAAGUUCUAAAUCGAAUAUCGGUCAUUUCGCAUACACGCAUAUUUCGCGACAGGCAAUUAGGAGCGUCUGUUUCAGCCAUAAUAUACAUAUAUAUACAUAUAUAUAUAAUAUAUAUGUAUGUAUAACGGACGUCUGCGAUUGAAUUCCUGCACGGCAAUUAUACUGAAGAAUUGAUCAAUUUUAUGUUAAUAUUUGUAACACGCUGUAUAGUUAACCUAAUUUUAUGAAUAUUAUACAUAUAACGAAGUCCGAGGCGCGUAUAAUAAUGCAGGAAAAGUGUUGAAAUGAUAUUAAAUUGUAUAAUUAAGCUUAUAUUAUAUACCGUAUAAUUUUCGAUAUACUUAUCGUAAGAUUUUUAAGCUAUAUAGUUGAUAUAGUAUAUAUUAUAUAAUAUUGAAAACAAGGUUGCUCCUAAAACAAUCAACUGAGCUUCGGUUAGCGUAUCAAAUACCCUAUAUAAUGCUAUAUCGUUACGUGAUUAAAAUUUACAAUUAUUCACACCGCACGUUUAAUACCUUGUACGCCUAAUUAUCAUUACUAUCACUAUAAUUAUUGACAUAAGUACGUUGAUUGCAACUGUAGCAAUUUUCCAAAAAAGGGGAAGAAAAGAAAUAGAAAAUGAAACGAAUCGUUGAAGAGCAGAGCGUUAUUUUCAAAAUUUUAAACUUCUCGUCCUCGGUUAUACAGAGUAUCUGCAAAUUCAGCUAAAACACACGCGUUUGACGAAAUUUAUUCAAUAAUAUAGUUGGGCACAUCAACAACAUCUCUGACAUAUUCAUUGAUCUCAGUUUCAUCUCGACUAUAAUUAUUCGAACAAAGAAUAACAUGCGGAAAGGAAAAUUAUAUGUACAACAUGUAAUUGAAUUAAUAUACGACAGAAAAUGUUGUACGUUCUAAAUAUGCAUAAGCGUUUAAGCGUUGGCCCGAAUUUACGAUCAUAUUUCAAUUCCAUUCAAUUUGUUACUAUAGGUACAUAUAUGCCGCCAUAAUUACUACAUACAUGAUACGGAUACGAUGACAGCAUAAUUAUACCUAUAUAAUUUUUAAGGAAUUAUUGCUUUCUCAAAAAAUAUAAAUGCAUGUAUUAUAAUACGGGGAUCCAUAUCGUAUAUAAUACAUCCAUACAAAUAUAACAUGGUAAAGAAUUGCCAGAGCGUAUUACAUAUACAUAUAUAAUACAAACACAUACCUUCACGUACAUAUACACAUAUAAUAUAUUACCUGUAAUGUUGAUACUGUUCAAAUUUUAUAUAGAUAUUAGACAAUAAUGUGUUGAUAGAUUUAUUUCCAAAACAUCUGUACGUAGGUAUAUAAAAUAUGUAUAUGUACGGCGUUCAAUUUUGCCAGAUGAUAUUAAUUGUAUACCUACUGCAUUAUGUAUGGAAAUAUCGCCAAGGCGAGAUCCUGUUCGGCUAGUUUCGUUGUAGAUGGUAUUUUACGUUCGUGCAAAGUGAAGAGAAAGAGAUAUAUAUUAUACAAACAAUAUUACGUAUAUUAAGAAGGCCUGAAGCCUUGCAUAAUUAUUAGGUGUAACUACUACAAAGAGAAAAAAUGAAAACUAAAAAAGAAAUAAGAAAAAAAUGAGACGAAAAAAAAUGAAAAUUCUAAGAAACAUAACUGAUCAUAAAUCACUCAAAUAGUAAUUCAUAACGUCCCAAAGACAAUACCUUAACGGUUUAACCAAUUCUAUCCAAAGUUUUCCCUCGGUGAUCACGAUGUGUGUAUUAUAAUGAUGCUAACAUCAUCAUAUUAUUACAUGUACCUAUAGUGAUGUAUGUAUAUUAUAAUAACACAAAGAAAGAAAUGUUUCUUUUUUUUUUUUUUUUGCAAAUCAAAAUUUUUUCUUACCGAAAUAUUUUCUCCGAUUUUCGAAUAAUGGGAUAACCGAUAAAACAUUGUUCCCGAAAACACAAAUCUACCGUUUUCAAAUGACUGAACUUCGCUUUCAGUGCUUGCCUUUACGAAUUUUUCGCUGAAUGCAAUUUGUUCAGUUGUAGUCUCAGAUAAUACGGCGACACAGGACGUAUCGACGAUUCUUAUACCACAUAAUUUAAAACGCUUUGAACUAAGGUUUUCUUGGCCUAAACAUUACGACUUAGUUAUAAUAUUUCGUAAAACUGAUAAUUCAGAAAUAUAAAGCAUAAUUUCACUGUCGCAAUCUGACCGAAAAAUGUAUUUUUAUAUAGAUUGUUGAUUGCGAGCGCACGCCGAUAUUUAACAAAUUUUUAGGCAUAUUUUAUGGAAAUGUGCGUUCAAUUGUUACGCGCAAUUCUGUAAUAUCAAGUUCCCUUUUUAUUACUGUUAUUGGCUAUCCAUUCAUUGUGAGUUACAUCGUUAUCACGCAGUUAUCAUACAAAAAAUUAAUGACGAGUACAGCGUGUCAUACAUUGAAUUCAUAUUACUAUACGGUUUACGGUGUAUUAAUUAUGUAUGAUUGAGGUCUUCCGUUUUAAAUUAUAUUUUUUAUAAAACAGUUCGCUCGCGUCUCUCGUUUUAACGCGAUUCUCAAUUCGCCUUUACUGCCAAUCACAGCUUUCGAAUGCAACACGGCAUUAUUAUUAUUUUAAAAAUCUGUGGCUAAGCAAUUGCAAGGGUCGCAAAACUACUUGCUGAUUGGUACAAGUACCGCGACUUUGAAGUCGUUUUGAGGUGUUUAUCACAAUCACGGAAAUAUCACGGUGAAAAAAAUCAUAUACGACAAGGUUACCUGAAAUUGAAUAUACCUCAGUGACAAUCGAGGAAAACGACAAGGCAAUUAUACAAGACGGAAGGAUGGAGUCAGAAAAAGUGCGAAACGAUCCAAGCUCGUCGCGUCAUUACAAAUAACGCCGAAAUCCUGAUCAGAAGUUAAAUACUAUUUACUCGCGUGAUUGACAGAGAAAAAAAUAAAUAAAACGGAAUGCCAUUGUUGUAAUUCAAAUUCCAGGAACUUGCUUGUCUAAUAUUACGUAAUAAUGAUUCGAUUAUCACGAAAAACUCCACUUCUACGAUCAUCGAAAAAUAUUGGGUACCGCAAGCGUACAACGUUAUUUUAUAAAAUAAAAACACGCUCAAGGCUUCUAAUCUGAAAUAAUUCCUUAGAUGAGAUUAUGCCAAAGCGAUUUGAGAUUAAAUGAGCGAAAUAAAUUAUUGAAAGGAGAGGAAUUGGAAAACCAAAAGGAAUUAUUUAAUCAUCAAACAGUCGAUGACUGAAGUAAUUGAAAAAAAAACGACAACAACAACAA